AAACACAGAAGAAGAAGAGGCCAGUAAAGAUGGCGGAGCGGAGAGAUCACGGAGCAGCAGCGUCUCCUUCAGACUGUCUGUAGUCCAGUACCGAGUCUAUAGUCCGGUCCCGUCCGUCCCGGCCCGCUGAGGAUGGCCCACCGCUACCUGCGGCUGUCCGCCAGCUGCAGGAACUCCUUCAGACUGCUGCGGCCCGCCGGCGCCCCGGCCAGGCUGGUGACCUGCUCCACCAACCAGGUGGAGAGGGGGCGAUGCCUGCUGACAGACCUGCUGGGAGAGGUCAGGAGACUGAGCGCCAGACCACCCAAAGGUUUUGAGAAAUAUUUUCCAGAAAGUCAGAAAACUCAAGAAAACACUGACGAUGAAGCUGCAACCAAAGAUAGCAAACCUGCCGAUGCUCAGAGAGCUUCUGGGAAGUCAGGAGGAGGAGGAGGUGCAGGAGGUUCAGGAGGAGGUGCAGGAGGAGGAGGAGGAAAGAGAGGAGGCCGCAGGGAGGAGUCCCACUGGUACAGCCGUCUGCAGAAGGGGGACGUUCCCUGGGAUGAUAAAGAGUUUCGGAUGUACUUCCUGAGCGCCACAGCGUUCUGGACCACCGUCAUGUAUUAUAUCUUCUUCAGGGAUGGAGGACGAGAGGUCACCUGGAAGGACUUCGUCAACAACUACCUGUCCAAAGGCGUGGUGGAUCGGUUAGAGGUGAUCAACAAGCGCUAUGUUAAAGUGGUCUUCUCUUCGGGGACGUCGCCGGUGGACGGGUACAUCUGGUUCAACAUCGGUAGCGUGGACACGUUUGAGAGGAAUCUGGAGACAGCGCAGUAUGAGCUGGGCAUCGAGGGAGAGAACAGGCUGCCGGUGGUCUACUCCGCGGAAAGCGACGGAACGUUCCUGCUGAGCAUGCUCCCCACCGUGCUCAUCAUCGGCUUCCUGCUUUUCAUGCUGCGGCGCGGUGUGGCAGGCGGGGGGCGGCCCGGCCGCGGGAUGGGCGGGCUGUUCAGCGUCAGCGAGACCACUGCCAAGAUCCUGAAAGAUGAGAUCGACGUGAAGUUCAAAGACGUGGCGGGCUGCGAGGAGGCCAAGCUGGAGAUCAUGGAGUUUGUCAACUUCCUCAAGAACCCCACACAGUACCAGGACCUAGGCGCCAAGAUCCCCAAGGGGGCCAUCCUGACCGGCCCUCCAGGAACAGGAAAGACUCUUCUGGCCAAGGCAACGGCCGGCGAGGCAAAUGUCCCGUUCAUCACCGUCAACGGAUCAGAGUUCCUGGAGAUGUUUGUGGGCGUCGGCCCCGCCAGAGUCAGAGACCUUUUCGUCAUGGCGAGAAAGAACGCUCCGUGCAUCCUGUUCAUCGAUGAGAUCGACGCCGUGGGACGCAAACGGGGACGAGGGAACUUCGGAGGGCAGAGCGAGCAGGAGAACACUCUGAACCAGCUGCUGGUGGAGAUGGACGGGUUCAACACCGCCACCAACGUGGUGGUCCUGGCCGGAACCAACAGACCCGACAUCCUGGACCCGGCCCUGAUGAGACCGGGACGAUUCGACCGGCAGAUCUACAUCGGUCCUCCAGACAUCAAAGGUCGCGCCUCCAUCUUUAAGGUUCACCUUCGACCUCUGAAGCUCGACCUCCAGUUGGACAAAGACGCGCUCGCCAAGAAGAUGGCGGCGCUGACACCCGGGUUCUCAGGCGCCGACAUCGCCAACGUGUGUAAUGAGGCGGCGCUGAUUGCCGCUCGCCACCUUUCAGACGCCAUCGACCAGAAACACUUUGAGCAGGCCAUCGAGAGGGUCAUCGGAGGUCUGGAGAAGAAGACUCAGGUGCUGCAGCCAGAGGAGAAGAAGACGGUGGCGUACCACGAGGCGGGCCACGCCGUGGCCGGCUGGUUCCUGGAGCACGCCGACCCUCUGCUCAAGGUGUCCAUCAUCCCGCGGGGGAAGGGUCUGGGGUACGCCCAGUACCUGCCCAAGGAGCAGUACCUGUACACCUCCGAGCAGCUGCUUGACCGCAUGUGCAUGACGCUGGGAGGACGCGUCGCCGAGGAGAUCUUUUUCCAGCGAAUCACCACAGGUGCCCAGGACGACCUGCGCAAGGUCACGCAGAGCGCCUACUCACAGAUCGUUCUGUUUGGGAUGAAUGAGAAGGUGGGUCAGGUGUCCUUUGACAUACCGCGGCAGGGUGAGAUGGUUCUCGAGAAACCGUACAGUGAAGCCACGGCUCGGCUCAUCGACAGCGAGGUUCGGACCCUGAUAGCCGGGGCCCACCAGAGAACUGUGCAGCUGCUGACGGAGAAGAAGGCCGAGGUGGAGAAGGUGGCACUGCGGCUGCUGGAGAAGGAGGUUCUGGAUAAAAACGACAUGGUGGAACUCCUGGGGAAACGUCCGUUUGCAGAGAAGUCGACAUACGAGGAUUUCGUGGAGGGAACCGGUGGCGAGGACGAGGACACGACUCUGCCGGAGGGUCUGAAGGACUGGAACCGGGACAGGAAGAACCCAGACGAGAGUCCCGACGAGCAGGUGGCCCGCCAGAUCUCUGGAGGGAUGCCGUUCUAGAACCUCGAGAACCUGUUCUCUGUUCUCGUCUGUCCCAACCUUCUCCUGAUCUCACAGGAGGUGGAGAACGUUGGGACUCGGCUCCUCCUGAGAACAGGAACAGAACUAGAAUCCUCUCUCUCCGUCUGCUGUUCUACCAUCAGACUCAUGAAGGACUAGAGAACCCGGAUGGAGCUGGAGGACAUUUAGAACCGUAGAACCAUUAGAAGGUUCCACGUCACAGAAACUCCAGAAACUUUUCCUUUGGUUUGGACCGGGACUCUAUAGAACCAACGGAACUGGAGAACCUUCUGUCUUCACCGCCACCACUGCCGCCAUGGUAACCGUGACGUGGUUAGAUUGAAGCUAACAGAGCGCUGCUAACGUUAGCUGCAUGUUAAUUUCAGUCAUAAUUAUAAUUAUUAAAUGUGUUGGUGUGUCAAUAAAAACUUUAUUCAAA